AACCAGAGCGGCACUUCUAAGCCAGGAACAUCUUCAGGAUGGACAUUUUCAUUCUCUGUGUGUUCCUGCCCCUGGUGACUGUGGCAUGGGGCCAGUACAGUGACUAUUACUAUGGUCCUUAUAAUUAUGGAGAUAAUGAUGAAUGGGUCAAUGUGUACCGGCAAGGUUUCAACUUUCAGUGCCCACAUGGGCAGGUGAUUGUGGCCGUCAGAAGCGUCUUCAGCAAGAAGGAAGGCUCUGACAGACUAUGGAACUAUGCCUGCAUGCCAGCAUCCCAGAGCCUGGGUGAGCCGACAGAGUGCUGGUGGGAAGAGAUCAACAGGGCGGGAACCGAAUGGUACCAAACCUGCUCAAACAAUGGGCUGGUGGCUGGUUUCCAGAGUCAGUAUUUUCCAUCGGUGCUGGACCGUGAAUGGCAAUUUUACUGCUGCCGCUAUAGCCAGAGGUGCCCAUAUUCCUGCUGGUUAACAACAGAAUAUCCAGGACACUAUGGAGAAGAUAUGGACAUGAUCAUGUACACUUACGACUAUUACAUCCGUGGGGCAACCACAACUUUCUCUGCUGUGCACAGGGAUCGUCAGUGGAAAUUUAUUGUCUGCAGGAUGACAGACUAUGACUGCCCAUUUCAAAAUGUUUAAAAAGAUUGAGUGUACUUCAUUUGGAAAUCUUUGGGACAGACAGGGGUGGGAUAAAAUUAGUGAUUACAGGAGAAGAUCGAUUAGGUACACAAAAAUGUACCAAGACUCAUCACCUGUCUGCUGAAGACAUGAUUCUUUCCCUCUGGAGCUAAUACGUAAAUUGCCAACCCACAUGCUUGCAACAGUGAUUUCAGAGGAUUCUUUCAAGCUGCACCGAGAGUUGUAUCCUCCAAUUAAAUUUGCUUUCGACAUACAUGUUUAUGAUACACAAAUCAAACUGCAUAUGCAGUUACCUUUCUUAUAUAUACAUGUAGCCAUUCUAAACACAUAGAAUUUCCUUUCACAUAACAGCUUUAUAGAAAUUUCUAUAGAAAACAUAAAAAUUUUAUUAAAAUUUCUACUCUACAGAAAUAUAGAAUUUAUUCCCAGCACCAUAGCCCCUCUGAAUGAGGUGAAAACAUACUAUACGUUUCCCAGCAUGCACUAGACUUUCCUGUCUUCUGCUUUGUACUUGGAACCAACCCAGUGAUCCCAACCAGCUUCUCAGAACUGGAAGUGUGCAGAAAACAUCAUUGGGAGGUGUCUGAUGGGCUGCACCUGGCCUUACCUGUUACAGCCCUCAGCAUAACUCCACUGCAACAAAGGUCUGCCCACACAGGAGAAUUCCAGGUAUUUACAACAGGAAGACAUCAGUAUGUGAUAAAAAUGAGAGCAGAUCCAUCAAUAAAAACAGAAGACUAACUCAGCUUUACUUAGAGUCUCUUUUAUAUUGUCUUAAAAAUCUCUGACGACAAAACUAACCAAGAACUCUGGUCUGGGCAAAUCCAGGAGUAGGUUAGGCCAUUCAUGCUCAGUAAAUAUGGAUAUGACAUUCUUCAGGAGUCUGAAUUUCAGGUGGAUUUGAUUUCCAAUGUGGGUACCUGUACAACAUCCAUAUUCCCUAGGUAAUACAAUCUUGGCUUAGAAUAGACAAAUAAAGUUAGUGACUUAGGUGACCUUAGUUCCUCAUGUUUGCAGAUCCUAUUGCCUAUAAAGUAUAAACUGACCAUGUUUCAACACUGCACAACACAUGUGCAGCUGCAGUCCAACAAGAAAGAAUAUUGACCUGUUUCAGAAAGAUCUGAGGUAGGAUUUUCACUCUUGAACCAGUCAGAAUUUAGGGCUCAGUUUCUUCGUUUAUGCAUUCAAUGGUGAACUUAGCAGUGGCUUUGGUGCUGCUGGUUCAAGGGCCAUGAUGACUCCAUGUGCCAAUUUAAGGCUGCAAAGCUUCAUAGGAAACAGUGGUGUCUGCUAGUGAGUUUCCAUAUUCCAAGCAUUUUUAGCAUGUUUAGAAGCAUACCCUCUUGUCCAAUAAAGGAAUGAUAGGAUUUGC